AUGUUUUACGAUUUCAACAUACCCUUCCACAACAACAACGAUGCCGUAGAAGAACGACGCAUUGAAAAAAUUUUGCAACGCAUUGAUACAAUUGAUCCCAAUAGUAUGAUUGCUUUCAAUCUAUUGCUUGAAGAUAACUUGACAGCUGUCAAGCCUAUCAAACCAAUAGCCUUGGACAAACUGAAAAAGAUGAAGCAACUAACAAGAGCGACGUUGAUAGUGGAGGAUCCCAAGAGAAAUUAUCAACUGGCAUCGAGUACAGCCUAUCCUCAGAUUGAUAUCUUGGCAGUGAGACCCACGAAUAUAGAUAUCUGCAAGCAUGCGUGUCAAACGUUGGAAGUGGAUUUGAUUUCUUUAGAUUUGGCAAAGACAAGAGUUUUACCAAGCUUUGUUUCCGCGCAGGUCGCGGUGAAUCGUGGUCUAUUUUUUGAAAUAUGUUACUCACAAUCCUUCCGAGAUCCACAUAAAAAAUUCAUGUUUUACAGUAAUGUGAGGCGUUUAGUAGAAGUGACAAGAGGGCAUAACCUGAUUUUUUCAAGUGAAGCAACGAGAGCUUUAGAAAUCAGACGUCCAGCCGAUUUACGCAUUCUAGGAAGUAUGUUUGGAAUGACACACGACCAGAUUGAAGCGACUGUCACUGCAAACUAUCCGCGACUACUUAAAAAAGCAGAAACAAGGAAACUUACUUACAACGCAACCAUCAGCCUUGGUCAACUACCUCAAGACCCUCUGCAAGAAAACAAAAAGAGCGAAUUCAUGCUCAAACGUAAAGAGAGAGACGCAGACAAUAAACAACAGUACAAAAAAGCGGGGAAAAAAGCGAAAAAACAGAAACAAAAGCCGUGA